AUGACGUCCGCAGCCUCGACCUCGUCGGCCUCAGCCAAUGAUCUGAGCCGCUGCUCCGAUCUCGUGCGAUACCAUCUCAGCAGGUUAGUCUCCCGUCCUUGCCAGAGCUCGGAGAGCAGCUGCCACGUCGACCCCCACAUGCAGUCAGGAAGGGCGUUCUGGAACUGACUCCAGCUACAUCGUAUAUUCGACGCAGCAACGAAGCUGAUGCAUCGCAAGAGCUCUUCAUCCUCAAGGACGAGCAUGACCGUCGUCUCUUCACCAAGGUCAGCACUCGACCUGGCACCGCGCACCGCCUCACGCUCGAAGGACGUGUCGUGACGUGUUCGACCGCGCAAUUCGGGCUCAGCUGACGUCCGAUUUCGCCGGGGUCGUUGCGUGACUUGUUCUUCAGACGCGGAAAUUGACAGAGACUGAGAUCGUCGAUACCGUAUUCGUAAGCCUGGUUCAUACCUCAGCCUUCGUUUCCCGCACUGAAUUUACCUGUUCCUUGUGCAGAAUUCUUCCCAUGAACCCGCCUGGACGAUCCACCGACCCCGAAGAGGGUGGUACCUCGUCAUACGACCUCUCAAACCCGAACAACUCGGUCAGAAGGCGGCGGAAGAUUCUUUCGUUCAGCUUUUGGCUGUCAAGGGGAAGAGAGGUAAGGAAGGCGAAUUGCAGUUCGAAUUGGAAGUUGGGAGUAAGAUUGGGGAAGAGAUUGAUUUGCGGCCGGCGGAAGAGUCGGGUGCGGAAGGGGGGACGAGCGUCAGUGUCGCUAUGGAUUUGAACGACCCGAGUGAUCUGGACAAAUCCUCAGGUACCCCAUCGACGCCGGCGGCUACGGCCACACAAGCUACCGUCUCGACCAACGCCGAAGAAGGACCCUCGACUCGAACUGUCAAGUUCACUCUCCAACCUCGACUGCCUCAUCAUUCGCAAAGGGUGACAUCCCAAACGACAAGUCGAUGGACACCAGGCCAUAUACUGAGACGGGUCGUCGCGGGAAAGGAGAACGACUGGAGCUGUGUCGUUGACCCAGAUGGGGACGAGAUAAUGCGGUUCGAGGAAGAGAUCACGUAAGUCUGUUUACUCAAGCUGCGAUCCUCGUGGUACGGUGUCUUAGAGCUGAAUCUCACACCCCUUUUCGAUCCUCCAGCCUCUCAAGCUCCUCAACAAAAGGCUUAAUCCUCGUUGACCGAGAGCGGACCAAAACACUGGACAUCAACCCCGACUGUCUCGUUACGAUCGCCUUGGCCUACCUCGAACAUCUCCAGGACUUGGAAGCGUACCAAGCCGCAGGGAGUGGUGAUUGA